CUGCGCGCGCGUGCGCAGAGCGAGAGGCCGCGGCGCCCCUCAGGAAGCCUCCCCCCUCCCGGCUCGUCUCCCUCAGGGCCGCUGAGGAGGCGGGAAGGCGAUCGCGAGGGGCGGCCGAAGAGGUGGGUUAGGGGCGCCCAGGAAGGCCCCUCACCGGCGGGCAGGCGGGCAGGCCGCGGCGGCGCCUCUGCUGCUGCUGCUGCUGCUGCCGCCCGACACGGGGUCCCGGCCGAGGCCCAGGUGCAUGUUGGAGACAGUUCUUGGUCCACUGACUGGCAAGAUUAUUUGGUCUUGGAAGUAAAAGCUGUACCAAAUGGACAAUAUGUCUAUUACUAACACACCAACAAGUAAUGAUGCUUGUCUGAGCAUUGUUCACAGUUUGAUGUGCCAUCGACAAGGAGGGGAGAGUGAAACAUUUGCAAAGCGAGCAAUCGAAAGCUUAGUAAAGAAACUGAAGGAGAAAAAAGAUGAAUUGGAUUCUUUGAUUACAGCCAUAACUACAAAUGGAGCUCAUCCUAGCAAGUGUGUUACAAUUCAGAGAACAUUGGAUGGAAGACUUCAGGUGGCUGGUCGUAAGGGUUUUCCUCAUGUAAUUUAUGCACGGCUAUGGAGGUGGCCUGAUCUUCACAAAAACGAACUCAAACAUGUCAAAUAUUGUCAGUAUGCUUUUGACUUGAAGUGUGAUAGUGUCUGCGUGAAUCCAUAUCAUUAUGAGCGUGUUGUAUCACCCGGCAUUGAUCUUUCAGGAUUGACACUGCAGAGUUCAGCACCCUCAAGCAUGUUGGUGAAAGAUGAAUAUGUUCAUGAAUUUGAGGGGCAGACAUCGCUGUCAACUGCUGAAGGCCAUUCAGUUCAGACUAUCCAACAUCCGCCUAGUAACAGGGCAUCUACUGAAACCUACAGCACCCCAGCCAUGUUAGCUCCUUCAGAGUCUAGCACUACCAGCACCACCAACUUUCCCAACAUUCCUGUCGCUUCCACAAGUCAACCUCCCAGUAUGCUGCCAGGUAGCCACAGUGAUGGACUUUUGCAGAUUGCUUCAGGGCCUCAGCCAGGGACGCAGCAGAAUGGCUUUACAGCUCAGCCAGCUACUUACCACCACAACAGUACAACAACUUGGACUGGGAGUCGAACUGCUGCCUACACACCUACCAUCCCUCACCAUCAGAAUGGACAUCUUCAACAUCAUCCGCCUAUGCCCCAUCCUGGACAUUACUGGCCAGUUCAUAAUGAACUUGCAUUCCAGCCACCUAUAUCAAACCACCCUGCUCCAGAGUACUGGUGUUCAAUUGCCUAUUUUGAGAUGGAUGUCCAAGUUGGCGAAACAUUUAAAGUACCUUCAAGCUGCCCAAUUGUUACAGUUGAUGGGUAUGUGGACCCUUCAGGUGGAGACCGCUUUUGCCUUGGUCAGCUCUCCAACGUUCAUAGAACAGAAGCCAUUGAGAGAGCGAGGUUGCAUAUAGGCAAAGGUGUGCAGCUGGAAUGCAAAGGUGAAGGUGACGUGUGGGUUCGGUGCCUCAGUGAUCAUGCGGUCUUUGUUCAGAGUUACUACCUAGAUCGGGAAGCAGGGCGUGCGCCAGGCGACGCAGUCCACAAAAUUUAUCCAAGUGCUUAUAUAAAGGUGUUUGAUUUGCGUCAGUGUCACCGUCAGAUGCAACAGCAGGCUGCUACAGCACAGGCUGCAGCUGCUGCUCAAGCUGCUGCAGUUGCAGGAAAUAUUCCUGGGCCAGGAUCUGUAGGAGGAAUUGCUCCAGCCAUCAGUUUGUCAGCCGCAGCUGGAAUUGGCGUGGAUGACCUUCGCCGCCUGUGCAUCCUCAGGAUGAGCUUUGUCAAAGGUUGGGGACCUGAUUACCCGAGGCAGAGCAUCAAGGAGACGCCAUGUUGGAUCGAAAUCCACCUGCAUCGGGCCCUGCAGCUCCUAGACGAAGUUCUUCAUACCAUGCCUAUUGCAGACCCCCAGCCCCUAGACUGAGACCUUGCUGCUGUUCUUAGCUGUUAUAGAGUGAGGAUGGCGGAUUGUAAAAUACAAUUUUAUUAACCGGAAGAUAUAUUUUGCUUCCGUUCUGCUUAAUCUUUUAACCAGGUUUUAAUGAGAAAAUGUCUUUGCCACCUUGCUCUCAGCAGAAAAAAACAAAAAACCAGAACCUGCAGGAACUCUGAAUAGUUUCACACCUUCGGGCUUAUUCUGUAGUUGUGGGAAGCUGACGCCAAGCAGCAAAGUUUUGAUUGUGGUCUUGGCGUGAUCGCUGCUGUGCUUAAGCCUUGGAAAUCUCACUUGGCUUUAUUGAGGACAACCCCCCCCCCCCGCUCCAUUCUCUUGGCAGCAUGGGUUUUGGGGGGCUCCGUUUAAGCACUUACUCAGCCUGCCCCUUAGCUGGAUCCACCCCAAAUGAGCAAAAUCAUGUUGAUUAUUCUAAAGGGAUGGUUUCUGGUGCUGCACUCUGCUACAGCACUGGGGCAUGUCUCAUAGUAAGGCUCUGUAUGUGAAAUAUUUAUGUACACAUAAUCAUUUGAAACACACUAGAAACGGAUGGGCUUCGAAGCUGGCACUAAAUGUAAAUGCAACAUAAAAUAUUCAGCAAGGAGAACUGCCAGCUGAAUUAUGUAACCAGUGUGCAAUGAUACAUAUUUUCAUUACUAUUCCCAACUGAUUUCCGCUACAGUAAAAACGCUGUAAAACCUGGACAGUUGAGAUAGCAUUAAUAUGUGUUUUACUGCACUUGGAGUGCCAUCUCAAAACCUCGUAAUCCUGUUGAUGGUUGCAUCGCCGAGAAUCCAGAUUUUAUAUUUUUUAACAUUUCUACUCAGGGCAAGAUGGCAAACUUGUUUUUAUACCUCUUGGUUAUUUUAAGCUCUUUAUCCCAUCAAUGAUUUUAUCUAUUUGCAUUGACUUUGUAUAGAGAAUUUCAGGUAGAAGUUGCAAAUGUAUUGGCUGUAUGACAGAUGAAAUAUUAUGCUUUCUCUAGUUAAUAAAACUACUGGAAAAAAAGCUUCAGAACUCUGA